AUGGGAAAUAUCAAUAAUGAGAAUAACCUAACAUCUGCAAUUCCAAAUCCUUCAAGACAACAAUCUAAAAAUGAACAAGAGGAUAUUGAACAAGAAAAUUCGGAACAGAGAGACAUUGAAGAAAACCUAAUGAAAGAAGACACUAAACCUGUUAUUGAGAAAAAGAAAGAUGAAUUAGAGGAAAGCAAAGAACAAUGUUUAGAACUACAAGUAAUAAAAGAAAAUAUUUCGUACUCUGAUUCUGAGAAUGAUUUUGAUAUCGAUAUAGAAAUAGUUAAUAAUCCUAAUAAAGAAAAAAUUAGAAUUCUAAAUCGAAGACAAAAUAAUAAGAAUAAUUUAAUCGUUCCUAACGUUUAG